AAAGCAUCAGUUAAUCUGAGUCGUUUGUCGUUCGCACCUGAACUAACACAGACCACGAUGAACUCGCUGGUGGUGUUGUUUUCCGUGAUGGCUCUGGCCGCGGCCAGCCCCUCGGGCCUGCUGGCCACCGCACCGCUGGCGUACUCCGCGCCGGUGCUGGCCGCCGCACCCGCCGCCGUCUCCAGCCAGUCUCGCCUUGACAUCAAGUCCUCGCCAGCCAUCGUCAGCACUUCUUACGCCGCUGCUCCUGUAGCCUACGCCGCAGCGGCUCCCAUUGCUCCCGUAGCUGCUGCAGCCAUCGCGCCCGCUGCCGUCUCACACCAGUCCCGCAUUGACAUCAAGUCAUCUCCGGCUGUCGUGAGCACGUCUUACGCUGCUGCUCCCAUUGCCGCUGCGGCCCCCAUCGCGUACAGCGCUCCUGUUGCUUAUUCUGCGCCAGUGGCAACUGCAGCCAUCGCUCCCGCCGCUGUCUCCCACCAAUCUCGUGUCGACAUCAAGUCAUCUCCAGCUGUGGUUAGCACUUCUUACGCCGCUACUCCCAUCGCCUACGCUGGUGCUGGCCCCAUCGCCUACAGCGCCCCGUUAAUCAAGACCGCGGCUGUCGCUACACCCGUCAUCGCUACUACUGGCUACGCGGCCCCCAUCACCUCUGCCGCCAUCGCGCCUGCCUUGCCCCUAGAUACCCCUGAGGUGAUCGCCGCACGUGCCGCGCACUUCGAGGCCCACGCCCUCGCUGGCGCGCACCUGAUUAAGAAGCGCUCUGCGCCGCUGUUCGCCGCCCCAGUCGUGUCCACGUACUCCGCGCCGAUCGCCUACUCCGCGCCCAUCGCUCCCGUGACGUCGUACGCCUCCUACACCCCCCUUACCUACUCCUCGCCCCUCAUCACCAAAGCCUACAGCGUGCACCCCUGGUGAGCGCCAUCAUGGUAACGAGGACUUACUCACCUCGGUUCAGCAACAUCGAACGACAAUGAUUAACUUGUAAAUAAAUUGGAAUUAUUAACA